AGCGGGACUCACCAGCGGGAACGCGCGCGCGCGCCUCCAAGGGUGGACUUUGGUACCGGGCUGUCAAUCACUUCUCGCAUGUUUUGAUUCCUGAAAGUUAGUGUCAGUGGACUAGCUGGAAAAUGUCCGCUGCGGCGCCGCCUGUAAAUGACCAGUAUGUGUUUCGUCGACGUGAAUUUGAAGAGCUGUCGUCAGAGAACCAGAGAAGAUGGCAUACUCCCCCUCAACCUGUCCAAGGCAGGCAGACCGCACUACAUCAGCAGCGACACAGGGUUGAUGGCAGCCGGACCCGACCCCGACCUCCCAGCGACCCCAGCGCCAGGUGGCCCCAUGUGGACGACCCCACCACCAGAGAGCCUCAGCUUGAUGACUGCGAGCGGAUGGGGACCCUGUUUGGGAUGCUCAACAAGUGUCUGCGGGGGGUGGGCUUCAGCCAGAUGUACUUUGGGGACAAGAUAGUGGAGCCGGUGGUGAUUGUCUUCUUCUGGCUGUUGCUCUGGUUCCUGGGGAUCCAGGCCCUGGGAUUGGUGGGAACUCUGUGCAUCAUCAUCAUCUACAUCCAGAAGUAAUGAGAGCUGGCGGUCAGAGCGGCGCCGGCUGUUUUCUUUGGUUAAUGCUUACACACGCGGGACUCAUGCUGCUGGAUGUUUGGAUUGGAGUCUGCAGUGGAUCUGUGCUUUUAGGGAGGGGGGAUAAG